GCUUGGGAUCAAUAAUGGCAGAAUGGAACGCAUACUAUCAAAACGAGGAUGAGGUGGAAGAGGAGGAGGGAGAGGAGUCUGGGGUGGACUACAAGUACAGUGGGCGUGACAGUCUGGUAUUCCUGGUGGAUGCCUCCAAGGAGAUGUUCAUCAAGGGCGAGGAUGGGGAGACCACUAACUUCGACAUGACUAUGCAGUGCAUACGUAGUGUGUACACCAGCAAGAUCAUCAGCAGUGACCGGGACCUGGUGGCAUUGGUGUUUUAUGGCACGGAGCACAGCAAGAACCCCAAGAGCUCCUUUAAGCAUGUCUACGUCUACCAUGACCUCGACUCUCCGGGUGCAACACGUGUGCAGGAAGUGGACCGCCUGCGAGGGGAGAAAGGUGCGAAGCUGGCCGCAGAGACUCUGGGCAGCGACGAGACAUCUCUGGGGGAGGCCCUGUGGUGCUGCUCCAACCUCUACAGCGACAUCAAGCUGCGCCUCUCCCACAAGAGGCUGAUGAUCUUCACCUGCCGAGACAACCCGCAUGACGGAGACGGCACACGGGACAGGCAGGCACGCACCAAGGCUGCUGAUCUCAAAGAGACCGGUGUGAUCAUAGACCUGAUGCACCUGCAAAAGCCAGGAGGAUUUGAUGUCUCCCUCUUCUUUUGUGACAUCAUGAGCCCCCCUGAGGGUGACGAUGAGCUGGGGCUGCAACUGGAGCCUAGUGGGAAACUGGAGGACCUGCAGAAGAGAGUUAGGGCCAAAGAGAUGAAGAAAAGAGCACAGAGCAGGCUGACUCUGUCCCUGGGGGAUGGCAUGAAUGUAGCCGUGGGGUUGUACGUCAUGGCCAGGACAGCCACAAAGCCCCCACCAAUCAGGCUGUACAGAGACACCAAUGAGCCCGUCCGUACGAAGACCCGCCUCUACCACACAGACACAGGCAGCCUGCUGCUGCCCAGUGAUACCAAGAGAUCCCAGGUAUACGGGAACAGGCAGAUUGUGCUGGAGAAGGACGAGAUGGACGAGCUUAAGAAGUUUGACAGUCCGGGUUUGGUGCUGGUCGGGUUCAAGUCCAUGGAGCGUCUCAAACUGCACCAUCACAUCCGUCCCUCCCUUUUCGUUUUCCCGGAAGAGGACCAGGUCACAGGCAGCUCCUGUGUGAUCACUGCUUUGCUGCGGAGGUGCAGUGAAAGGGGUGUCUUCGCAGUCUGCAAGUACACCCCACGCCGCAACACGCCCCCCCGCUUCGUUGCCCUAGUGCCCCAGAGAGAGGAGCUGGACUCUGUCCAGGUGCAGAUAACACCUCCAGGGUUCCACCUGAUCUUCCUGCCCUAUGCGGAUGACGUGCGCACCCUUGACACCCCUCAGUUCCCCACUGCCUCCCACACACAGGUGGAUAAGAUGAAGGAGAUUGUGCACAAGCUUCGCUUCAAAUACAGGAGUGAUGCAUUUGAAAACCCAGUCCUGCAGCAGCACUACAGAAAUCUGGAAGCCUUGGCCCUCAACCUGAAUGAGACUGAACCCAUAGAGGACUUUACCAAGCCCAAAGUGGAGAUGAUGGAUGAACGUCUGGGCUCUCUGGUACAGGAGUUCAAGGAUCUAGUCUAUCCUGCCGACUACAACCCUGAGGGCAAGACCGCCAUUAAACGCAAACCAGCUGAGGGUGGAGGUGGAGCAGAGAAGAAGCCAAAGGUGGAGAUGUCAGAGGCGGAGCUCCAGGCCCAUGUGAAGAACGGCACUCUGGGAAAGCUAACGGUGCCCAUGCUGAAGGAUGCCUGCAAGCAGUUUGGCGUGCGCACCACUGGCACCAAGAAGCAGGAGCUGAUCGAUGCCCUGAUUCAACAGUUAUCACACUGAGCAGGACGGAGGGGCAGGGCUGCUGGUGGGGGGAUCAGAGGUGAUGGGUAAUUUAGGGGCAUGGCUGCAAG